CUUCGUUUUUCUGCCUUUUGUUUUCUAUUUUUCUUUCUUCCCAUUCCUUCAGCAGGACGAAAGGUGAAGUUACGGCACUUUUGAAUCAGUGUUGCAGGGGGUCUGAAAGGGAGUUUAUAUUUUAUUCUUCGUUUCAUGUUUAAAGCCAUCACUCUCCUUUUGAGCAUCGGCCAUGGAUGAAUCUUACACUAGUCUUCCUUCCAGUCAUUUGCUCGGUUCAGUUCCUGCUGUAGUAAGUGAGGAGAAGAAAACAACUAAUUAUGAAGUUCCUGAAGCAAACUUGCAAAUAUUUCCUCCUGCUAUUGGAGCUGAUAGAGGGCAUGGGUAUCAAUCUCUAGGAAGCCUGAAUGGGGGAGACGAACAACAAGCGACAAACAAUUGGAAGGGACUUUUUAGCAUCUCCUCAUAUACACAGUAUUUCAAUGUGGAUGCGGAUAUUGUUGUUGACAGAAUUAUCGGUUCAAUGAAUCCUACCAGUGGAAAUUUUUUUGACAAGAUUGAGGCUAAUCCUGAUCUGAAACUUGGGCUGAAUAGGCUCGCUACAUCCUGUGGAGAGACCCACCUGCAACCAAAAAGAGAACAACAGAAUUCUCAAAUACCAAGUGCAAAAGAACAAGAAAGCAACAAAAGAGAUAGGGAUUCACCACUUGCUAGGCAAAGGAAGCAAAUUUAUGGGCUGAUUUGGAUCUCUGCCACUUUGGUCUUUUUGCUUGCUUCACUUGGUAAUUGUGCAACCUACCUGAUACACAAACAGACUAAUCAUAGCACGUCAUGGAGCUUUGAUGUCAGUUAUGUAAGUGUGGCAGCAUGCACAGUGUAUGGUUAUGUGCUUGUGGUGCCAACAGCAUUUUACUUCUUGCUUCAGUAUCUUGGAAUAAGUGCAAGCCUUGUGCGCUUUUGGUGCAUGUGGGGAUAUUCCCUCUUCAUCUUUAUUCCCACCUCUUUUCUUCUGAUUAUUCCGGUCGAGCUAAUUCGAUGGAUCAUCAUUAUUCUUGUCUCUGUAGCAUCAGCUUGUUUUGUCACCCUAAACCUGAAGUCUUACAUACAGGGAAAUGAUCUUAUGUUGAUGUUGGUGUCAUCAUUUGUUUUGCAAGUUGCUCUAGCACUUUUCAUCAAGAUAUGGUUCUUCCCAUAAGCCUGAGUUGCUCAUCUUCUUGUAAGGGCUAAAGAACAAACUUCAAACAUAUAUUUUAUGUUCUUUCUGGAUAUGAUACUUUCAUGGAUGUGGUCAUACAUCUUUAUUAUUUUUGCCUCUUGAAGUACUUCGAAAGCAAGCUCUGUAACAGGAUGCAUGACUAUUUGGAGAUGGUUGUUCUGUGCAUCUAGGAACCCUCUUGCUUGUUUGCAUUCAAGUGCAGACAUGUAUUUGACAGUGUAAGAGAAGAAAGUUGCACUUUGAAAAAGAUGGGUUAUUAAGAGGAGAUUUCGAUAGAGAAGGAAUUGCACUUCAGUAGAGGAUGGGUGUGUUUGAUAAAGAAUGGUGUUCUAGUGAUGUCUUUCAGGGGGUGUAUUAAUCUGAGUGGGUUAAGCUUUGACAACUUCUAACCUCUAAACUUUUUAAUACUGGGGAAAGAUAAACGAAGUUUGGGGAUAUUGAAGUUGUUUUCGUUUUAAUUUUCCCAUCUAUGUAUAUUAGUUUAUGAGGGAGAAUUCUAUCAUGCUUCAUUUUGUUUCUCACUGAUUUUUGGUGUGCAUUGGAUGUUUUUGAACAAUGGAAUUUAUGUAGAUACUAUUUUCCUUGUACUGUGUUGUGUCAUGGUAGAGCAUUUGAAGAGGGGAUAAGUUUAUAAACUGAUGUUUGGUCUUGUACGUAAA